AUGAUGUCUCAUCAGAUAAUAGCCAGGCGCACGCCUCGCUAUUGCCAUACAUGUCUACGCCGGCCCAUCAUCCCACCACGACAACCCCACCUCCCACGUCAACCACGACCAUUCACAAACCAAACUCAACAAUCCUUUAACCAGUCCCCGCCCAUCCGUCCUCAAUUACCAUUUCUCUCCCAAACCCAAGGCCGCUUACCUCUCGCUCUCCAUCUCCGCCAACACUUCACCCGCUUAAUAUCCACUUCGCGUACAUCCAGAUAUAAACAGGGCGUAUACCGUGGCCUUAAAAUCUCCAUUACCCUAUACGCGAUUCUGUGGAUGUUACAUCUCAUCAAAACGGGGUUAUAUCAAGAAGAGAUUGAGCAUAAAUGGCCUACACCACAGGAAUGGAGUUGGCGGAGUCGCUGGGCUCUGCGUUCGGCGAUCGCAUUACAACAUCCCGAGGAGAUCGGACAGCUCAUGACCCAGUGGCCGAAUGUCUAUGGGUAUCUUAAGCCUUUACUUGAACGAUUGGAAGAUCCGAACAUCGACGGACAAGGUAUAUUGGAGCAGGAUGAGGGCGGUAUACUGGUCGAUGGAGUUGGAAAGCUGGGGUACGACGUAUCGCAGAAGAGCGAACCGUGGCGAAGAGGAUAUUUCCAGUGUUUGAUCAACUCUGCAAAAGCGGCAGAGCAUCUGGAUGGGUUUAUGACAGACCUCAAACACCGCAUAGCUGCACCACAGGAAUAUGUUCACGGACCAUCAAAUCCCGAUGCGAAGACGUUGCCUGGUCGGACGGGUAUUGUGAUGCAUGAGGAGGAUUGUACACCUUCAGCACCGCCGCCAGAAGUAUUCUAUAUGAAGAUUUUGACAACUAAGGGGUUUACGGCCAGACAGAAGAUCGAUGCUGCGUUGGCUUAUGCGGAUUGGUUAAACUACAAAGGGUUGAGUAGCACGGCGAAGGAUAUGUAUACAUGGGCGAUGGAUAUUGCCACAUCGGGACUGCCAUACGAUGCUUCGACUGUGGUAGAUACGAAGACUGGUAUCCUAAAAAAUAAUGGCAAGGAUGUUGCGUCGGAGAAUAUUAUGCGGGUAUCGACUGCGCUAGGCGUGCACAGCGUCCAGUCUGGGGAUUUGGCGACGGCGUUGUCGGUAUUCACAUCUGUCCUAAAAGCGCGUCGCAAUCUGCCGCAGCCGGGAGCGUCGGACGUCCAAAAACGAUCCCGCCCUCCGCAAGCGUUGGACGAGUACGUUGGAAAAAUCAAAAACAUGUUCGUCCCUUCAGUCUAUCCCGAAGCACCCUCCGACGGAAACGAGCCACCAGUCCGAGAUGCCAGUUCACCGUGCCUAGAGGCAGGAUUGAUGACAUAUAUCGGUGAGAUUUUGUACGUAUCAUCCUCCAAAGAAACCGGUCUCGCCUGGACUCGCGACGCAGUCGACAUGACCGAGUCAGUCCUACUCGACCUUCCUAGCGCCAGCUCCAGCGGCACCAACGGCAACUUCAACGAAGAAAUCCGCGAAACACGCAACCGCUGCUCUCAAUGCCUCAAAGUUGGAUUAAAUAAUUGGCGAACAAUGGUCGACAACCUCGUCAACGAAGCGACUCGCGCCGAACAAGCCGCUAUCGCAAACAUUGACAAGAGCUGGUUCGGUGGCAGCGCGUUAAAGAAAGCUGAGGAAAAGGCGCUGGAGAGGAAGCGAUGGCAGGCGGAGAAGAUGAUUAUUGAUGAUCGGGCGAAUUUGUUGUUGAGGUUGACGAAUGAGUAUACGCUGUAUAAGCCAAGUGGUUGGGGGACAACUUUGUUCUAA